CUCCUCUCAGUUACUCACACAUUGUUACCUCUGCGGCGAACACAUGCAUUGCGGACCGUCCUCAUCAUGGAUUGGGAAGAAGAUAGUUUCGGAAAGUCCCAAGAUGAUAGCUUACAGUUUUACACUCCUGAAUCAUUCUUCGAACCGUGGUUGGAAAACUUGGACUCUUUUCCUAAAAAUCUUCUAGACUCUACCUGUGAUUAUUCGAAACCAUCUUCAUGGAAUGAGAGCGAUGAGUUAAGUGAUCUUCUAGACUCUACAUUCGAAGACACUUUAUUGAGUAAAGGGCCUGUUUCUUCUACUCUAACUAGUGACGAAAUUUUUUCUCAGAUUGACAUAUGUUCAGAAUUCUUGCAGGACUCGAACCAUGCUCUUGUUGGGGAUUUCCCGCACCCAAGCCUAGACGAUAUCGAAAUAGAAAAUUAUACACGCGAUGAUACUCCCAGUAUAGAUAUUAAGGAGGAGGUGAUCGAUGAGGAGGUGAAAGAUGAGACGGAACCCGUGAAAACUGAACCUAGUGCCGACGAUGCUAUCUUUAAUUUCGAUAAGAUACAGUGUGAUAUUGCCAAAUUAAAGAAAGAGGUUGAUUUUACCAGCGAUGAUGACUCCUUGUGGUCUGAUUUCUUCUCUGAGGAGGACUCUUCAGAGAUAUCCACCGAGUACGAGAAUCAUCUCCAAUCCUUGUUAAUAACUCCGGUGGAGGACUUCAACCUAUCUCUAAAUGUGUUCAACAAUGUCGAAGAGCACGAGGAAGCCGAUGAGGUAGCUGCUAAAGCUGCUGCUGCGGCCGCCGAUGAGAAGAGAAAAUACUGUAUAGACCAUAUUAAAGCGGAUCACUGCUAUUCCCUCCCUAGGGAGAAUAUGUCAGUUCUACUGACCCCCCCGAACUCUAGUGAUGAUUCAGAAGCUGAAUCUGAAUCCUCUAGUCAAGAAUACAUUCAGUCAAACUUAAUCUCCGUGAAAUCGGAGAUCCCUAAAUUUAUCCACAAAACGGUGAAGUUGAAACACAAGAAGGAUCUCAAGUUUGUGUUUAGUAUGAAGAUGAAGGAUCAGUUGACUGCUGUUCAGAGUGUACCUGGACGAUCUCUGCUCAAAAAGAACCAUCUCCCUGAGUACAACCCGUCAAAUGAUCUUGUAAGAGAGGUACUAAACCGUAGAGCUUAUAGAAAAAGACAGAAGCUAAAUGAGACUGCUAUGGCUGUGGAAACCUUGCUUAAUUCUGAAAGUCGGAAAAGUGUUCUGACCGACAAGGUAGUUAAGAUUCAGAGUGAACGAGAAAUUCAUAAUUCAAUGGAACGGCAGAGAAGGAUUGAGCUGAAGAACGAGUUUGACACAUUGAAAAGUUUAAUUCCAGACAUUGCUCUAAGUGAAAAGGUUUCCAAGUUAAAUGUGUUAAACUACUCAGCUGAUUACGUCAAAAGACUGGAGAAAAUGGAUGUUAAACUGAAAUUAAAGAAAAACUUGCUCAAAGAAAAACGCCAAAAACUUAUAGAAGAGUUAAAGAGAAUGCGUUAAUAUCAAUUAUUUCCUUUACCAACGGUGCCAUAUGUUAGAUUAUAUUUUUCUAUAUCUAAAUAUAUAAAGAAAGUUACUGA